CCACCGGCUGAUAAAGAGCUGUGGUGGUUGCGCCCAGUUUCAAACCGUCGUGGUCCCUGAUUAAGCGUCAAAAGUGAAAGAACUAAACAGAAAAGCUCCUAUAAUGGCUCCUCGCUACGCUCCAAGUCUGCGCUCCCGUUUGGCUCCUAUACUGCUUAUUCUGCAAGCUGCCUUCAUUAUCAUAGCGGCACUUUGCUUUGAAAACAGACAAACCAAAAAACCUGACAGCGAGUCCUUCCUCAACCUUUACCCAGAGUUCCAGGAUGUGAAUGUGAUUGUGAUUCUUGGUUUUGGCUUCCUGUGCACCUUCCCAGUGCGGUAUGGAUUCAGUGGCUGCGGGUUCAACCUCCUUGUUGCCGUCCUUGCCACCCAGUGGGCACUCAUACUGAACGGCAUUGACUCUUGGUAUAACACACGAAUAAUCGGGAUUGAUUUAAAAAGCAUUAUAACUGCAGAGCUGUGUGCUGUGUCUGCUCUCAUAUCAAUUGGAUCUGUACUGGGAAAGACAAACCCAGUCCAGCUCACCCUGAUUGCCCUGCUGGAAGUGACAGGAUUUGUCCUAAACAAAUGGCUCCUUCAGACGCUCCUCAAAGUGCGGCCUGCGAACAGCAUCAUGCUGCUUCAUGUGUUCGGGGCCCUCUUUGGACUCAUGCUGACAUGGAUCCUGUCCAGAAAUGCCCAGGAGCAGGGAUAUGAGAAGGAGAAAUUUGACAAGAAAUCGGGAUUGUUCUCAAUGUUGGGCGCCGUGUUUCUCUGGAUGUUUUGGCCCAGUUUUAAUUCAGUGUUGGCGGAUGACCAGGCUCGGCUGGGAGCUGUGUGCAGCACCUACCUGGCCCUGGCUGUUAGUGUCGUGACAGCGGCCGCUCUGGCUGUGCUCUCCAGUCCCAGGGGGACGCUCAACCCGAUCCAAAUGCAGUCAUGCAUCCUUGCCGGUGGCGUUGCUGUCGGGGUUUCCAUAUCAGUAAUUCAACAGCCGUGGGAAGCCAUGGCACUCGGAUUGGCUGCAGCCGCAAUAUCAGCCACGGGAUUCAGAUAUCUACAGACCCACAUGCUGACUGCGUUUGAGUGCCACGACACCUGCACUGUUCUGAGCACCCACGGACUCCCUGGUCUGCUGGGGUGGCUCGCUCAACUCGUCCUGCAGAUCAAAGACUGCGAUGAUCACACAGUGGCCAUCCGUUUCGCUGUGUUUCACAUCUGCGUCCUCUUUGUCACCGUCUCUUUGAGUUUAUGCAUGGGAAUCCUAACAGCAUUUCUACUCAAGCUGAACUUUUGGAGACAACCACAGAACAACAAAUGCUUUGAGGAUCAGGCUUUCUGGGAGUUUCCGAACCUUGUGGCACGGAAGUAAAGAAGAUAACCGAACACGUUGAUCAUAUCUGAUCCCAGAGGUAGCCUACGUGGGAUUUCAAC